CUCAGCAACUUGUUAAGAACCUUCUCACUAUUCUGGUGGUCCACAAGAUGACCUCCUUUUGUGCCUCUCCGAUUAGCUUUUCAUCUAGUUCCAGCUUAAUGGUGUUUUCGAAAAGAUGUGCCUCCACUAAUCCGUUUGUGGUUAUGACGAGGGGUAGGAUUGAUGUAGAGUAUCACAAUAUCCGGCCGGUUGUGCGCAAUGGGUCUGUCAGUGACGAGUGGAUGGUCCCAAUACAGUUUCAUUUCCUCAUUUUCCAGUAUUUCUUUAGGGCGAUGGCUUGGUGGUAUGCCUUUGCCAUGGCAUUGUGGCGGUCCGUGUAUUCCCUUGGAGCGAGGAUGGGGCAGGAUGACGUGACGUGUUGGAUUGUUUCAGUCGCCUGGGAGCAUUUGCGGCAUUUGUCAUUAGGUAAGUUCUUAUUCAUUAUCUGUUUUUGAUAUGCUUU